CUCCCAUCACAUUGACAUCACAUUGACAUCACAUUGACAUCACAAUUUCUUUGCUCCACUGUGUAAAUAGUGGAGCAAAGGUGAUGCACGCUUACCUCUCACUACCAUGGCAACCAUGGACUGUACCAACUGUCACUUUCAUUACAGUAAUGAUGCAUCUUUGUUAUUUGAUUAUGACAAGAAGCUUGAAAUUUGAUACUUGAACCUUUCCUAGUGGGAAGGCAGCUCUCAUCCCAGUGACAUCACAUGACAGGCGCUGCUGUUAAAGGGGAAGUGUACCCUUUUGACGAGUGAGCUUUUUAUGGGCUUUGUUUGCCCUUAGAUGGGCAGUACAUACAUAGCUUAUUGUGUACCCAGAGCAUUGCCUUGUACGUGUGGCCCCUGCCAUGUACCCUAUUGCCCCCCACAGCCUAGCCUAACUGACUUGCAGGUGUAUUGGGUGCAUGUGCAUGUCUCUUUACAUGUGACUGUGGCUCACGAGUAAGAAAGGUUGGGGCUCCUUUCUGAUAGUUGUACACCGCUGCUAUUUCCUGAACAUGUGCGAUUCUUUCAGAGAUAAAUGAAUGAUCCUUUCCAGUUUUACUCCGCUUCUCCUGUGUGUAUUCCCUGAUCCCCUCCCUGGUCUCAGUGGGCAGUAGUAUUAGGACUGGAUCACUGAGGACCUGGAAUUAGAGAAAUAUAUAUUUUCUGGAUGGUUUUAUGGCAGCGAUGGAUUGGACAAUGUUUAAUGAGUUUUAAUUUGUUUUCAUUUAAAAUCAAAUAAAGACUAUGGAAGCACCUUCCCGGUAUACUAGGGGCACAUUAUAAUGAAAUCUGGCCCUGGCUAUACAAAUCUGCCUUUGGUUUACAUACUAACAAAUGUACAUGUAUCUGGCUGUACCAGACAGAACACCUGCACCUCUGACCUUGUGCCUUAUAUAAGGUAUGGGGUGCGGAUCUGCAUUUUACAUUAGUGUAAUAUAGCCAAUGGCACCCCAGCACAUACAUUUUAGAGGGUGCAGUGGGAGUCAAAUUGCUAGUUUGGAGCACCCAAUGUUUUCACCUUAUCCCAUGGCAGAAGUGCCCCUGUAUAAGGAACAGAACCAGUGGCUAAAUCAGGGGUGGGCAAACUGCGGCCCGCGGGCCACAUCCGUCCCGUUGGUCUUUUUAAUCUGGCCCGUUGGUCUUUUUAAUCUUGCCUGCCGACUCUCGCGCGAGACUUGGACUAACGCUGGCCCAGCCCGUCUGUCAACCCCCCGGCCCAUCUUUUGGCCCCUUAGCCAAAAGUUUGCCCACCCCUGGUCUAAAUGUUCUAGGGAGUAGAAAUGCUGUGUAUUUAGCAGCCAAAGCUAGCCAUGUAUGGGCUGACAUAGGCUGUCAAAUUGGCCCCUACAUAUAAGGUCAAGAUCUACUUGGCCUCUUUAUGGGGCCAAAGCAAAGGCCUGCCCAGUCAGGAAUAUAUAUUGUGGGAAUCAGCAAGAUAUACAUCCAUGAUGGGAAAGGUGCAAAUCACUUGGUGCAAAAAAAUUAAAUAAAAACAAAUUCAACAGUAAAGUUAUUGCCAUCAUUCAAACAUUAGCUUUGAUGAUUAGAUAAAAAGGAAGAUGAAGGAACCUGAUUGGUUGCUCAUUUUUUUAGUAUGGAGUGAUUCGGAUCCUGUUGGGCUGACCCAGAAAUAAAAAAUAUCAAUUCCUGAGACCAGUCAUUGCCAGAGUAGCCAUUUACAGACUGUAUGUAGAGGGAAAGUCUGGUAAAUCUUACAUCAAUAAUGAUAAUAAACAAUUAUAAUACAUAUAUUGCGUGAAGAUAAAGUCAUUAUGACACAAUUCGUUUUUGAAUCUAACGCAACCUGAGAGAAUUGUAGUUUAAACACAUGUGGGUAGCGCCGUCAAGCUGUAAUAGAAAAAACUACAAUUCCCAGAAGACACCUGGCGGGAGGGCCGGCUGACUCAAGUAUUGCCCUAGCUGAUUGGAUGCUUCAAUGGUUCUGUAUUGACCUGGGUGCGUGAUUGGUUAAGCUUGCGGAGGCGGGUUGUUUGGAUGGUGCAGUUGAGAGGAAGGCAUCUGGCGGUAGGGGACCCGCGUAGUACCUUGUAACAGAGCUCGUAAGGUGGGGUACAGGUCUCCUUCCCUUCAAGAUACCACCAUGAGCUCCAGCCACACCCAGAAGAACCGAGGGGACUCCACUCCGCUGCCUCCAAUCAACGAGCGCCUGGCUUUCCUGCGGCCGUCCAGAGAGCUGUUAGAGUAUUACCGCAAGAAGAUCGCUGAGUUUGAUGAGGAACACGAGGAUCUGGUAAAGCAACUGGAGCAAUACAAAGCUACCUUUGAGGAGCAGGCUGACGCCAGACUGGAACAGCUCGUAGGGGUAGAGGAUUCGGUCAUAGUGCAACUUCAGAAGAGAGCCUGUGCCUUUGCCUGGCUGGUAUCCCAUCCGAUUGCCCACCUGAGACCAUUUCUUCUCUUUAGUGACAACCUCAAAGCCCCCCUCACUGGAAACCACCUGGAGCUAAAAAGGAAAGAAGCAAUCGGUCGGAUGCGUCCGAUGAAACUCAGGAGAAUUCCUCCCAGCUGGGCUCGAACACCGGGCAUUCCGGAGGGGGCACAAAUUCGAUGUAGGCGGCCAUUCCAAACAAGUGUUAAUCCUCAGGUGGGUAUAGAACUAGACAAGCGGUAUAGUGCGGAUAAGCAUCCCAGAUCUUGCUUGGAUAAAGCCAGAGGCUCCUUUCUCUGUCAUGAAGUAACGUCCCUCAUCGAGUUUUCUCUGUGAUCCUUCACUACAGCCACGGAUUUACUCCCCGUCUCUCCUGUUCCCUCAGUAACCAGUGCCUGAUGUUACCAACACCGGAGGAAGCAAAUACAGUCUAACACUUAGGGAUUCCCUGAGACUGUUGACAAAAAGAUCACUUUAUUCACCUCGCUGGUGGUUGUGACACUGGGCUAACGUUGAGUUUGCACCCCAAUAUCUACAGGUACUCCCUGUGGCUUUUAUUACUGUAUCUCCCACAGCCCCCGGGACAGCAGGAACCCCCCUGUGAAGCCCACAGAGUCCCCUAAUUCUGCCACAGAGGCAGGCAGAUACUUUUGCUGGGACAAUCAAGACUCCCAAAUAUCCAACCCCCAGUUCCAUAUAAUAUAACGAGCUCUUUAUUUCAGUUAUUGGGGUACUCAGGGUGCCAAAGUUCCACUUUUUACUACUAGUUACUUUUGCUGAGACAAUCAAGACUCCCAAAUAUCUGACCCCCAGUUCCAUAUAAUAUAACGAGCUCUUUAUUUAAGUUAUUGGGGUACUCAGGGUGCCAAAGUUCCACUACUUACCUGACUAUGACACCCCAAGUCCCAGAGUCACCUUGUAGCAAUUCCCUAAGUUAGAAUUAAUUUCUAAUUUCAACAGACACCUCCUACCAGAAAGCCCCCAGUCUGUGCCACUAGGGUCUCUGCAGCCUCGUUUUGAAAGGCCCAAUGAUGUGCCCCCUCUCAGGCAACUUCCUGUUGCAAUUGCCCCCCCUGGGGCUUCCUAGUACCCAGUCCCCUUCCUGAAGCCCAGCAGCUCCUUCAGCACAUCCAGUACUUACAGUAAAUUCCAGGCUCCAGUCCGUAUCAUUCCUAGGUCCAUAAAGUCCUGAUGCAACUUUGUAAUGUGAAAUUGGGGCCCUAAAGGAUUAAAGAGGCUGGUUGUAUAAUCUCCAGGUAUCCCUCCGCGCUAGUUAAAGCUAUGUGGAUUAAUAACAGCCUGUAAUGUGAAAAAUAGCCGAUAGAUGGCGCUACAUGAACAUUCCUUUAGAUAAAGGAGAUCUUCACCUGGUUUUGCAAACGGUUGUUUCAUCCGUGUGUAAAAAGUUUUUACAAUUCCAGAACUGGAGUAUAAUCUAUAGAAUGGCUGCGAAUGGGGGUGGAGUUGGGAUAAAAAUGGAAUUAAGUGUCACAAAUGUUCACACGCCUAUUUCCUAUGUAGAGGAAAAGUUAAAUCAAAAUCUUUCAUUAGCAAUGAUAAUUAUAAUGUAUUAAUGAAAUUAUAAUACAUAUACUGUUAUGAAGAUAAA